AUGGCGACAAAUGGCGAGUCUUCUGCGGGUAUCCCGCCCGCGGGUGGCAGGAAUGAUUCUCGCCAGGACCGUAAACAGCGCUUCGGGGGCUCUCGAUUCAACAGCAACAACCAGCGCAAAAAAGGCCGUGGCGGCAAGUCGUCGGAUAACAAGCGCGGCGAGAAGCGCGAAGGAGCCAGCGACUGGCGCGAGUACAAGCGGCGCAAGGUAGAUUCCGCGGGCGAGGUCAUCGAGGCCAAGAAUCCCUUUUCCAAGGACGAGAUUGCGGCCGAGGAGCGACGACCGAAGCGCAAGGUUGCCGUCAUGAUUGGGUACAGCGGCACCGGGUACAAGGGCAUGCAGGUCAACGGCGACGAGCCCACGAUCGAGAGGGACCUGUUCCAGGCCUUCAUCAAGGCCGGCGCAAUCUCCAAGGCCAACGCAGACGACCCGCGCAAGUCGAGCCUGGCCCGGUGCGCGCGCACGGACAAGGGCGUCCACGCCGCGGGCAACGUCAUCAGCCUGAAGCUCAUCAUCGAGGACGAGGACAUUGUGGACAAGAUCAACGCGGCGCUGCCGGAGCAGAUUCGCAUCUGGGGCAUCCAGCGAACCAACAACAGCUUCAACUGCUACCAGUACUGCGACUCUCGCUUCUACGAAUACCUGCUGCCCAGCUACUGCCUGCUGCCCCCGCACCCGCAGACAUUUCUGGGCCAGAAGCUCGUUGAGCUGAACAAGGAGUAUGGGUACGAGGAUGAAUAUAAUGCCAGCAUGGCCGAUGUCAAGAACUUUUGGGCAGAGGUUGAGGAAAACGACAUUAAGCCGAUUCUUGCCAAGCUGGAUCCCGAAGUCCGUGCCGCCGUGCUGGAGCGCAUCCACUCAAUAGACGACCCCGAAGCGGCCAAAGAAGAGGCGGCCAAGGAAGAGGCGGCCAAGGAAGAGGCGGCCAAGGAAGAAGCUGUUCAGGAAGAACCCAAGAAUGAUGAGUUAGUAGCCGAAGAAGCCCCUGCUACUGAUGCCGAGCCGGAAGCCGCCGCAGCAAACCCCGUCGUCCUGACCAGCACCAAGCCGAAAGGCCGCGAGCUGGGCCCCGUCGACUUUGCCCUCCGCGACAUCAAGGCGGCGUACAUCAACGCCAAGAGGCGGUACCGCAUCACGCCGGCGCGCCGCGAGCGGCUGCAGGAGGCGCUCGACAAGUACACGGGGACGCGCAACUUUCACAACUACACGGUGCAAAAGGCAUACGGCGACCCGUCGGCCAAGCGCACCAUCAAGUCGUUCAAGGUGAACCCGACGCCGGUCCUCAUCAACAACACCGAGUGGCUGUCGCUCAAGGUGCACGGGCAGAGCUUCAUGAUGCACCAAAUCCGGAAAAUGGUUGGCCUGGUGAGCCUCAUGGUGCGCUGCGGCACGCCGCUGGAGCGCAUGGAUGAGAGCUACCAGAACCACAAAAUGGCGAUUCCCAAGGCGCCCGGUCUCGGCUUGCUGCUGGAGCACCCCGUGUUUACAAAUUUUAACCGCCGCGCGACGGAUAACCUGGGGCGCGACGAGAUUGAUUUUGAAAAGUACGCGGACAAGAUGGGGGCGUUCAAGGAUAAAGAGAUUUAUCAGCGCAUCUUUGACGUGGAGGAAAAAGAAAAUACUUUCCACGCCUUCUUCAACCAGAUUGACCAGUUCAAGGCGAACCACUUUCUGUGGCUGACGGCUGGUGGUCUCAAGGUGGCCGAGAUUGCCAAGGAGGAGAGCGGCAAGGAGGAAGAUGUGGACAAGCAGCUGGGCGACGAGGACGAGGAGGAUCCCGACGGCGGGCAGGGCUAG